CGAGGCACUGCCAAGCGGUCGACGACGCCGUCUUCCAUCAGCAGCGAAGAAGAGUUGAGGGUGACCCCAAGGAGUCCAAACGGCCCGAUUCACACAAACUGCUGCAGCGCAGAGCGAGGGCAAGUAAAGCUUCCGAGAUGAACGCCACCAGAGACAUCUACGAGGAGCUGCACGAACUGAAGACGAACAUCGAUGCCGUGUUCCUGCUGAGUAACGGCAUCGUUGUCAGCUUGAUGCAGUGUGGCUUCGCGUGUCUGGAGGCUGGCUCCGUCAGGUCCAAGAACGCCACCAACAUCAUCAUGAAGAACGUUUUUGACAUGCUGAUCGGCGCAGUGGCGUACUGGCUGGUGGGCUACGCCAUCGCGUACGGGGACGGCAACGCCGUGCUGGGACUCACGCACUGGGCGGGAGCCGGGCUGCGGCCGCACAUGAUGGCGCACUGGUUCUUCCAGUUCGUGUUCGCGGCCACCGCCGCCACAAUCAUGUCGGGAGCCGUGGCCGAGCGCUGCAACUACGUCGCCUACAUCGCCUACAGCGCCGUCGUGUCCGGGCUCGUGUACCCGAUGGUGUCCCACUGGGUGUGGUCGCCCCAGGGAUGGCUGCUGCAGCUCGGCUACAAGGACUUCGCCGGCAGCGGAGCAGUGCACCUGCUGGGAGGGACCUGCUCGCUGGUGGCCGCCGUGUUCCUGGGGCCCCGCAUCGGCCGCUUCGACGGCAAGCUGGGUCCGGAGCUGUUCCUCGGACACUCCACGCCGCUGGUGGGCGUGGGCGGCCUACUGCUGUUCAGCGGCUUCCUGGCCUUCAACGGUGGCUCGCUGGGCUCCAUGGCGGGCCGCGGGGACGGCGGCGUCAUCUCCACGGUGGUCGCCAACACGGUGAUGGGCGGCAGCGGCGGCGGGCUGCUGGUGCUGGCCGGCAGCAGGCUGGGGCUGUUCGGCGACCCCGCCUGGAGCUUCGCCAUCACGCUCAACGCCGCGCUCGCCGGCAUGGUGUCCGUGUGUGGAGCCCCCGACGAGAUGGCCCUGUGGUCCAGCCUCGUCACCGGCAUGACCGCCGGGUGCGUCUACGUGUUCCUGCACUACCUCGUCGCCCGUUGCCGGAUCGACGACCCUCUGGAUGCCGUGGCGGUGCACCUGGGCGGAGGUCUGUGCGGCGUCGUGGCCGUCUCCGUGUUCUCCCGCCGCGGGCUGCUGCACGGAGCCUCGAGUGCCUCCACCAUGCUGUUCGUGUAUCAACUCGUGGGCGCCCUGGCCAUCGUCCUGUGGUCUGCAGUCAGCUGCUGCCUCCUGUUCUGGGCGCUGCGGGCUCUCAACCUGCUGAGAGUCAGUAGGGAGCAGGAGCUGGAAGGUCUGGACAUAGCCAUGCACGGAGAGAUCGCAUAUCCGCCUUCAUCUUGGGAACCUGACUUUCGCCUGCCACAAGAACCAGUCAGCUCAGUUAUGGUGCUUGCUGAGAAACCGAGUCCACUCAGCGGCGCAGUGAUUCCCGUGCCCGAGUGCCAAGCACUCAUGACGUCAUCGGAGAGCAAAAAGCUAUACCAAGUGUGAUUCAGCAGAGUUUUGGCUGGAUACUCUUCACCAAGGAUGGACCUUGCGGCAUAUCUGCACGCGUUCAAAACUAUUUAUUCGUGUUUGUGUUGGUGGCUGUUGUUUCCAUAGAAGUCGUCUUCACCCCAACGCAUUCCCUGUUCCAUGUUCAUUGUUCUAUCCCACACUUGCCAUAAUAUUUUGUGUUUUUGUAAAAGACUGAUUUGUAUAAAAAAAUAAAAAAGAGCGUUGGAAAACA